GCGAUUUGCAGAACAUCCUGCAAUGUGGGGUGCGACGGAGGAAAUCACGGCAUUUUUCUUCGUCUAUUUGAGUAAAUUGACUAAAAUAGUUGACAAUCCAGGAUUCUAAGUAAAGUUGGAGUCUUUUAUGUUACUCUCACUCUAAUAUCAAUGGAGUUUGGGUUUAGUUAUCGUUAUGACUGAUCAUUCAUCUUCUUCUUCUCUUUGUUAAUUAAUUGUAUGCUGUAAGGUGGUAAGAGCACAGAGUGAAUUGAGACAAUGGGUAAGACGAUUCAGGUUUAUGGGUUCCUCUCAAAUGUGUCUGCAGGAGAAGUAAAGACAUUUUUAGAGGGAUAUACGGGCAGAGAAACUGUUUAUGCCCUGAAGAUCAGGCAGCAUAAAAAGGGUGGAAGAGCAUAUGCUAUUGUGCAGUUUACCAGAAGCUCUGCUGCAGAGCUAAUUAUAAGGUUGGCUAAUCAAAGGCUAUACUAUGGGAGAUCAUAUCUUAAGGCUCGAGAAAUGGAGACCGACAUCGUGCCAAAGCCGAGAGCCUUUUUGCACACAAUGGAACGUGUUACGGUGAAUUUUGGCUGUCAAGUCUCUGUAGAAAAAUUUUAUGUUCUCUGGAAAGCAGAAAAUGUUACUCUAAAUUUUGGGACUGGAAUGCGGAAAUUGGAAUUUCUAGUGUCGUAUUGUAGGUCAAAAUACAAGCUUGAGCUCUUCUAUGAGAACAUCUGGCAGAUUGAGCUGCGUUGUCCUGACAGUCAAACCUCAAAGCAUCUUCUGAUUCAGUUAUUUGGCGCUCCCCGGAUAUAUGAGAAAGAAGUGCGUGCUUCUGAACUUGUAUUUGAUGAUCCCUUGCUUAACUAUUUCAAGGAUGUGCCUGAUGAUCAAUGGGUAAGGACAACGGAUUUCACUCGUUCUAAUUGUAUUGGACAAUCUUCUGUAUUAUGCUUGGAGCUUCCUCACAACCUCCGACUUCCAAAUUUUCGGGAGAACUUUGCUUAUUACAAAGAAAAUGAAAGCAGAUUGGUUUUGGAAAGUGGUUCUUCUUACUCCUGCAAUCUUAGUCUAGUCCCAAUUGUAUGCCCUUUGCGGGUAAUUGACUUGCCAUUUGAAAUCUUGUUCAAGGUUAAUCUGUUGGUGCAAAAUGGGUGCAUCCCAGGACCAGCACUUGAUGAUACUUUUUAUCGAUUGGUUGAUCCUUGUAGAAUGGACAAAGUCUACAUAGACCAUGCGCUGGAGAAACUUUAUUAUCUAAGAGAAUGCUGCUAUGAACCUUCGAGGUGGCUCUUUGAGGAGUACAAAAAUUUCUCAAGAUCGAGGAAAUAUCAAGGUUCACCUGCUAUAUCCUUAGAUGAAGGUUUGGUAUAUGUAAGAAGGGUUCAGAUAACGCCUUCUAGGGUCUACUUUUGUGGUCCUGAGAUUAAUGUUUCAAACCGUGUGCUACGCCAAUUCCAUAAUGAUAUUGAUAAUUUUCUUCGCAUCAGUUUUGUUGAUGAAGAGUUGGAGAAGAUCCAUUCAAUAAAUGUGCAGGCAAGGGGUAGGAGAACUAGUAUUUACGAAAGGAUUCUUUCUACUCUUAGAAAUGGCGUACUGAUUGGGGAUAAGAGAUUUGAAUUUCUUGCCUUUUCAUCAAGUCAAUUACGGGAGAACUCAGCCUGGAUGUUUGCUUCAAGAAAGGGGCUCACUGCAGCAGAUAUAAGGUCAUGGAUGGGAAAUUUUAGUAAAAUAAGAAAUGUGGCAAAAUAUGCUGCUAGACUGGGCCAAUCUUUCAGUUCAUCAACUGAAACUCUUAGUGUUUCUAAAGAUGAAAUCAACCUUAUUCCAGAUAUAGAAAUUAUGAAGGAUGGGAUUAAAUACGUCUUUUCAGAUGGAAUUGGAAAAAUAUCAGCUAAAUUUGCUAAGAAGGUGGCAGCUAAAUGUCGGUUGAAGGGUUGCACUCCAUCUGCCUUUCAGAUUCGGAUUGGUGGAUUCAAGGGUGUUGUGGCUAUUGACCCGACCUCAUCUUGGAAAUUAUCCCUCAGAAAGAGUAUGGAAAAGUAUGAAUCAGAGAACACUAAACUGGAUGUUUUGGCUUGGAGUAAGUAUCAGCCAUGUUUUCUGAACCGCCAGUUGAUUACCCUGUUAUCUACUCUUGGAGUUCCAGACCGUGCUUUUGAGAAAAAACAAAGAGAAGUAAUUGAGCAACUCAAUGCUCUCCUGACGGAUCCUUUAGAGGCUCAGGAGGCUCUGGAGUUAAUGUCUCCAGGAGAAAAUACUAACAUUCUGAAGGAAAUGCUCUUGUGUGGUUAUAAGCCUGAUGCUGAACCAUUCCUUUCAAUGAUGUUGGAAGCUUUUCGAGCUUCGAAGUUGCUGGAGUUGCGGACUAAAGCCAGGAUUUUUGUUCAAAAAGGAAGGUCUAUGAUGGGAUGUCUGGAUGAAACUAGAACCUUGAAUUAUGGCCAAGUUUUUGUGCAGUUUUCUGGCUCUAGAUCUGAGCAACGUUGUAUUGUUCAGGGUAAGGUAAUUGUUGCCAAAAACCCCUGCUUGCACCCAGGCGAUGUGCGUGUAUUAAGGGCUGUCAAUGUGCCUGAUUUGCACCAUAUGGUCGAUUGUGUUGUUUUUCCACAGAAAGGAACCAGACCUCAUCCCAAUGAAUGCUCUGGAAGUGAUCUGGAUGGUGAUAUUUACUUUGUCUGUUGGGACCCUGAAUUGAUUCCAUAUAAGCAAAUGGAUCCUAUGGAUUAUUCACCCGCUCCAACAACCAUAUUGGAUCAUGAAGUUACCAUUGAGGAAAUUGAAGAAUACUUCACAAACUACAUAGUCAAUGACAGUUUGGGAAUAAUUUCAAAUGCUCAUACUGCUUUUGCUGAUAGAGAACCGGCAAAGCUGUUUUCAAUUGCAGUUGACUUUCCGAAAACGGGUGUACCAGCUGAAAUACCACAAGAACUGAGGGUCAAAGAAUAUCCGGAUUUCAUGGAGAAACCAGACAAGCCAAGUUAUCAAUCACACAAUGUUAUUGGAAAGCUUUUCCGAGAGGUGAAGAACCUUGCACCCAAUGAAUGCUCGAUUAAGUUCUUAACUCGGGAAAAGAUGCAGAGGUUUUAUGAUCCCGACAUGGAAGUUGAAGGCUUUGAGGAUUAUAUCGACGAUGCUUUCUUCCACAAAAGUAAAUACGAUUACAAAUUGGGGAAUUUGAUGGACUAUUACAGGGUCAAAACGGAGGCUGAAAUACUCAGUGGGGGUAUCUUGAAAAUGUCGAGAUCUUUUACGAAGAAAAGGGAUGCAGAAGCGAUCAGUAUGGCAGUGAGAUCAUUGAGAAAGGAAGCUAGGUCAUGGUUCAAUGAAGAAAGAAGUGAGUUGGAUGAAGAAAUAGAUGAUGCAUAUGCAAAAGCCUCAGCUUGGUACUAUGUCACAUAUCAUCCAAGUUAUUGGGGUCAGUAUAAUGAGGGAAUGAAUAGGGAUCAUUUCCUGAGCUUUCCUUGGUGUGUUUAUGACAAGUUGAUCCAGAUCAAGAAAGAAAAAGCAGCUGUUCGGGAAGCUUUGGAUUUGUCGUCUCUGGAACAUCGCUUUCAACGUAGAUUGCAUUUGCAUUGAGGUGUUCUGGCUUAUGUUUCCUGUUUACUGUAGUAGGUAAAUGUGGGUAGCUCAUGUUUCCUAACGACACUGAAUGUUAUAUAUAUAAUGUAUAAACAUAUCCAGUUUAGUUUGGAUUGUGCAUGUUUUGGACCUGUUGUAAAAAUAAGAGAUCGGAUUAGUUUGGUUGAAUCGAAAACGUGUGAUCUGCA